UACACCCCUUCCCCACCCUAAUUACAGUCCCGCCCUCAGCCCUCACCUUCGGAGUCCAGCGCUGCAGGGACACUUCCGCCCUCCUUGUAGGAUUGAUGAACCCCUAAUGAAGAGCACGCCCCCAAACUCCCCUAGUCGGUGCGGAAUCUUCCCGGGGAAGACUUGUAUGGUUCGCAGCGGCCAGACCUUGGCUCAGGACUUUGAGGAAAGGAGGCUGUGGACCUAGUGCUAGAGAUGCUUUUUAGGGUAACUGUAUGUAGGUAUUGGGGGAAGGGGAGGGAACGGCCCCCCAGCAGUGGAAGUAGUGUAAAGCCCUUAUUUCAUUUUUUGCUGCUCGCAUAGAGUUCAAAUUGUGAGUUACUCAUUUACCGCCCGUGAAGCUGCUCCAGUCUAAAAAUGUCUGGAUACUAAAACUGGAUUAACUCUUGAUGCAAACAGUAAAUUUAAAAUUACGGUUUGUAACCCGAUUUUUAUCAUUUUAGUUUCAGGGCUUUUUUUUCUCCCCCUUAAGUCCCAGCCACCCACGUUUUUUAAAAAGGCAGAUUGCUUUUAAGUAAAGCUGAAAGGGCUCAGCUAGCAUUUGCUGUUCGUGACCAGUAUGUGGAGUCUGCUCUAACUUGCCAGAACUAACUUUUUACCGGGUGUAUUGGCUAAUCACAGCCCUAAAUGGUGAAUGUUAAAUGAUGCACUGUUUUUGUCUGAAUGAAAUUUCCUGAAAUAUUUAAUUUCAGAAGUAAGGGGAAAUCAGAGCUGCUGUCACUAGGCAUGUAAAGUACACAUGGAAAGAGUUGAAGGCAGAUACAGUUCUUGAUGAAACAGAAAAAGCCUAGUCUUAGGAUUUGGAAAACCCAGCUUCUAGCUGCUGCUGACCAACCUGAUGACUCUGGGGGAGUGGGCCUCCAUUCUUUUUCUAUAACAUGAAGAGGUUGGACUGUUUGAAUGCUUCAGAACUCAGAGAGUUGGAAGGGAGCUUGAAGCCCUCUAAGAAAGAGUUUGGGAAUGUUCUUCACUGCUGUCACUUUUCUUCCAAAAAUAGCCUGGCUUGGAAGUCAUUGGUCCGGAGGGAACUUGACUCCCCAUAGGAAUUGGAGAAAAGGUAACCUAAGUAGAGAGGAACAGCUGUAUUUCUGCUUGAGUAGGAGACCCACGACAAGAUUCUGGGACAGGUUUUGGAGGCGUAAAGAGAAUGAGUGUAUGUACCUUAAGUGUACCAGUUUCCUCACUGUCUCCUGGCAGAAGAUGCAGCGCUUUUAGUGGAGCUGGGAUUCUGGGAUGUGUUCCUAUUAAUUCUAAUACUGAAGAAGAAGAUGUGGUAGAGGGAAAGAUGGUAGCUGACGGAGUGGAUAAAGAGGCAAAACUACCCUCUAAAAAGAAGAGAAAGAAGGGUUUGCGAAUUAAAGGAAAACGCCGCCGGAAAAAAUUGCUCCUUGCGAAAAAAUUUAGCAAGGAUUUAGGACCUGGGAGGCCCAGCGUAGAUGCUCCUACUUUGUUAGCUUCUGGUGCCCAUGAACAGGAUGAAGAAAGUCUUUUUGAAGGCAACAUAGAAAAACAGAUCUACCUGCCUAGUACCAGAGCCAAGACCUCGAUUGUGUGGCAUUUCUUUCAUGUUGACCCCCAGUACACCUGGCGAGCUAUUUGCAACCUCUGUGAAAAAAGUGUCAGCCGGGGUAAACCUGGCAGCCAUCUUGGCACCUCUACCCUUCAGCGGCAUCUGCAGGCCAGGCACUCACCUCACUGGACCAGGGCCAACAAGUAUGGAGUCACUAGUGGGGAGGAUGAAUUUUCCUUGGAUGUGCCUUUAUCUCCCUCUUCCCCUGGAAGCAAUGGAAGCUUCGAAUAUAUCCCUACUGACCCUUUAGAUGAUAAUAGAAUGAGUAAGAAACAUGAUAAAUCAGCAUCUGAUGCCCUGAGGGCAGAGCGAGGGCGGUUUCUCAUCAAAAGUAACAUUGUCAAGCAUGCCUUAAUUCCUGGCACAAGAGCCAAGACAUCUGCAGUUUGGAAUUUUUUCUACACUGAUCCUCAGCACAUCUCAAGAGCUGUGUGUAAUAUAUGUAAACGAAGUGUGAGCCGGGGUCGACCAGGAUCCCACUUGGGGACAUCAACACUUCAACGACACCUCCAGGCCACACAUCCAAUCCACUGGGCUGUUGCCAACAAAGACAGCGGUGCUGUUGGAGAUGGAUUAGAUGACGCCGAGGCUGAGCGACGUGAUCUCUUGAGUGAUCCUCUGCAUGGAGACAAGUCUACAGGCAGCCACAAUUUAACAGCUGAGGAUCUCAGUGACUCUGAUUCAGAUGACCCUCCUGCAUUAGAAGUUGAGAAUAGAAGAUCUGAGAGUCCCAUAGCUGCUGGGGAGCAUGACAAUUUAAUGAAUGCACAGGAGAGGAAAAGAACAUACUGUGAAAAUCCAGUCUCAAGUCAAAUUAGUCAAGCAAUUAUUCAGAUGAUUGUAGAGGACAUGCAUCCUUACAACUACUUCUCAACCCCAGCCUUUCAGAGGUUCAUGCAGAUUGUGGCCCCGGACUAUAGGUUGCCUUCAGAGACCUACUUCUUCACUAAGGCUGUACCUCGGUUAUAUGAUUCGGUCAGAGAAAAAAUUUUCUUAACUUUGGAGAAUGUACAAAGCCAAAAGAUCCAUCUAACUGUUGACCUAUGGACCCAUGACCCAACCACCGAUUAUUUCAUUGUGACUGUACACUGGGUCUCAUUGGAAACAGUACCUUCUAAUGACAGCAGGAUCUCAAAUUUGAGAAGAUGGGCAGUGCUAUGUGUGACAGGUUUGGCCAAAGACUCUUUGAUAACCAACGUUUUACAAGAAUUAAAUGACCAGAUUGGUCUGUGGCUUUCUCCAAAUUUUCUCAUCCCUAGCUUGAUUGUAGCUGACAAUUCCUCUAGUGUGGUACAUGCAAUCAAAGAUGGUGGUUUCACCCAUGUCCCGUGCUUCCUGCAUUGUUUAAAUACAGUCAUUCAGGACUUCUUCAGUGAGCACAAAAGCAUUGAGAAUAUGUUAGUAGCUGCUAGAAAAACCUGCCAUCAUUUCAGUCAUUCAGUCAAAGCUCGUCAAAUAUUGCAGGAGUUCCAAAAUGACCACCAACUUCCAUGGAAGAAUUUGAAGCAGGAUGAAAGUGGCCAUUGGGUUUCUACCUUUUAUAUGUUAAGGUGGCUUUUGGACCAUUGCUACUCGGUUCACCAUAGUCUUGGCAGAGCCAGUGGAGUUGUGCUCACCUCCCUUCAGUGGACUCUAAUGACUUACGUUUGUGAUAUCCUUAAGCCAUUUGAGGAGGCUACGCAGAAAGUGAGUGUGAAGACCACAGGCUUGAAUCAGGUGCUACCCUUAAUACAUCAUCUACUUCUUUCCCUGCAGAAACUCAGAGAAGAUUUUCAAGUUCGAGGUAUUGCCCAAGCCCUCAAUCUGGUAGACAGUUUGUCUCUGAAACUUGAAACCGACAGCCUACUGAGUGCCAUGCUCAAAUCCAAACCCUGUAUCUUGGCUACUUUGUUAGACCCUUGCUUUAAAAACAGUUUGGAAGACUUUUUUCCUCAAGGUGCUGAUUUAGAAACUUAUAAGCAAAUCCUUGCAGAAGAGGUUUGUAGCUACAUGGAAUCGUCACCAGAGGUCUGCCAUAUUGCAACUUCAGAAGUUUCUGGUCCCUCCACAACAAGUGGAGCGGAUUCCUUUACCUCGUCGCUAAAAGAAGGUCCCUCCAGUUCAGGCUCCAUUAGUAGUUCACCUGCAGAUACUGUUGCCAUAGGGAGCAAAGGCUUCAUGUUCCCUUCUGCACUAGCAGUAGUGGAUGAGUACUUCAGAGAGGAGUAUUCAGAAGUCUCAGGAGACGAUGACCCUUUGCUUUACUGGCAGAAGAAAGUGAGCAUAUGGCCAGCUCUGACCCAUGUUGCUAUUCAGUACCUGAGCUGCCCCAUGUGUAGUUGGCAAUCCGAAUGUAUCUUUACUGCAAAUAGCCACUUUCAUCCCAAGCAGAUCAUGAGCUUGGACUUUGACAAUAUAGAACAGCUGAUGUUCCUGAAAAUGAACUUGAAAAAUGUUAACUAUGAUUAUUCCACAUUGGUUCUGAGUUGGGAUCCUGAGAAUGAAGUGGCUCAAGGCAAUGAAAAAGAAAUAAUAUCUUAAUUCCUUUUUCCAUUUAAAAUGAGCAAUUUUUUGCUAUCUUACUGUGUCCUAAUUGCUAUAGUUAUAUAUAGUCAUACUAAUUAAUCUAUAAACAAAUAAUCUGGGGGAACCUGAAAACAACAGAAAAGGGCUGAAAAUUCCUCAGAAGCAAGAUAAUUUUGGUAAAAUGGAGAUUACAGAUUUCAUAGUAGAAAUUCUAUUUAGCUGGUGCUUGAAAUUUCGUGUAUCAGUUGAGGGAGAAAAGAUAAAUUUUUAUUUUAACUGGGGAAAAAAAAUAGUGCAGCAUUGAAAGGCCUUACACUUCUUUCUGGCUGUUAGAUUGACCUAGUAGUGAUUGGUUUGAAGUGAAAAUUUCCCCCAAUGUGGGGAGUGUGGUGGUUGUGCACCAAUAGGGUGAGAGUCAGACACACUCAGCUGCUAACAGAAAGGUCGGUGGUUUGAACCCACCAGCUGCUCCAAAGGAGAAAGAGGUGGCAGUCUAAUCCCAUGAGGAUGACAGCCGUGGGAACCAACCCAGCGGGGCAGUUCCACUCUGUUCUGUAGGGCCACCGAGUGGGAAUUGACUUGACAAUGGGUGUGUUUGUUUUUAUUUUUUAAAACAUGCUUACCUACAACUUGGCAAAAACAAAUCCCAUGAAAGUGUUUUAUAUUUGGAAAUUUCUAAAUGCCUCCUCAUACUGGUCAGUUUUGUAAUUUCAAUUUAGUGUGAUAGAGUUACCCCGUGUAUUUAGGAUUGGAUCGGUAUAAAACUGGGAAACAUUUAGAAAACAGUAAGAAAAUGGGUUUUUAUUCUUUGAGUUGCCUUUUUAUAAUCUUGAUGCAAUAGAGUACGAUUAUAUAGUUGUAUAAUUCUUGGGUAAAUUACAUAAUAUCAAGCUUAUAAAAGAUGGGAAAAACUGGGAACUGCAAUGUUAAAUGCCAUGAUGCCCUUUACAAACCCAGUAUGCAUCUCUCAGAGAAUAUUUCUCUAAUUUGAAGUGAUCUUAAACAUCCUUUUUUUUUUUUUGAAUUGAAUGACCCGUUACACUAACUGAGGUAUCUUUGAGAUUGUUUUGGCCUCUGUAUUCUUAACCAAAACAAAGCAGUCCGUGUUCGCAUAUGUUAGGAACCAGCGCCUCACUGGUGAAGUGAGGGAAUGGACCCCAGUGAGCUCUAAGGUCACUUGCCACUCACUCCCUUAUGUAUGUCUCAUCGAGCGAGUGGGAAGCCAGGAAAAAAUGCUGACUUUUAGUAAAGUCGUAUUAAAAGUUUCAGACUGAAUUAACUAAUGUAAGAUCCCAAUUUUUCCUUUUUUUCAUUUUAGAUUUGGGGAUAUUCCCUGCCCAAAAAAUUCCUGGAAAAUUGACUAGUAUUAAGUGUGAGUAAAAGGUGUCCACUUUUUAACAUUUUUGAUUUUAGUUUUGUCUUGGAUAGUAUUGGGCAAGAUUUAGCCUAGAAAUUAUGUAGUAUUCGUUACUUGAGAAUCAAAAUUGCUUUGUUACUGGGCUGGUUUCAAAUUUUAGAACUCAUUUUAUGUAUCAAAAUAGUUUUUUUUUUCUUUUUGUUUGCUUUUUGAAAUUCUAAAAUGGUAAUUGUACCAUUGUGAAAUGCAAUUUUAGCUCCAGAAGUUUACCCUUGAGUAGUUGGAAGUAAACGGAUGAUUGAUUACGUCUUUAGCUGUAGCCAUUAGUAAUACAGAAUUAGGAAGGAGGCUGCAGAAGUAAGCCUUUGUAGGGCCAUUGUUGAAUGCCAUUGUCAGUGACGUUGGUGUUCGUAUAAAAGGAAAAAUCCUCCCUUAGAGAAAUGUUCAGUGUCCCAGUGCCAGUUCAGGAUGGCUGUAAUGCUGCUCUGCCUUCUACCACUUGCUGCGCCUUUCUCUAGUCACUCGGUAACUAUACGUUGCUACCUUUUUUAGUUAACACUCCCUGAAGAUGGUAUUGAUGAUAAUAGACAUACAUGUUAUACACAUUCAUAUUAUGUUUAAGGAUUUCCCUGCAUCUUUGUUUUGUUGGCUGGGCAAAAUUUGAUAGACAAGUGAGUUCACUAUUUUUAUAAUGAACCCAAUUCUAAAGGCUUUUAAUAGUGCAUUUUGAAAGGGAAACAUACCCAAGUAUUUUAUUUCUACACAUUUGUGUAUAUGUGACUGUAUAAGCCAGUUAGUAUCUGUGUAUAUAUACUAUAUACAUAAAACACUAUAUUUUUACAUACCAGUAUGCUUUUAUUAUACAGAUAAUAAAGAUGGGGGAAGGUUUCUGUUUUUUUUUUCUUAAUAGGUGAAGAAAUCUUGAAGACAGAAAUUGGAUCUUAAUGCAUUUUGGUGUUUUUGGUUUUUUAAAUUUUUUUUUCUCUUUUUCUCUUUUCUUUUUAAAAUAAAUUGUUCGACUACCGA